AUGGCAUGCGAGCAUAAAGACGCGUCAGGGAAAAAGCCGCCCCGACCGAAAAAUCGUGCGAGAUCCAAAAAGCGAAAUGCGAUACUCGCCCUCGUCGGCGGCGGCCAUAAUUUUGGCAUCGCCUUUGGUCUGGCUACCCUGGGGCACUUGUUUAUUGUUGUGCGCAAGCGGUCUUGGUUCUUUUGCGCCUUUCUCAUCGGUGGCCUGCUUGAAACGGCAGGGUAUAUUGCCCGAUUCGUGUCCUGCAGCGACGAAUCUGCCCUCGGUCCCUUCAUCGUGCAAACGAUCUGCAUUCUCGUCGCGCCCGCGCUCUUCGCCGCCUCCGUGUACAUGAUCCUCGGCCGACUGAUUCUCCACCUCAACGCUGCGUCAAUCUCCCCCAUAUCGCCGCGAUGGCUCACGAAGAUAUUUGUCGGCGGCGACGUGGCGUCCUUCCUGAUCCAAGUCUUUGGAAGCGGCAUGCUGUCGAAUGCCAAGACCACCAGCACGGGCCAGACGGUCAUUCUCAUCGGUCUCAUCGUACAAAUCUUGUUCUUUGGCUUGUUCAUGGUCGUCACGGUCGUUUUCCACCGACGCUUCGUGCAGGCCGGCAUGGAUCUGCGGAGGGAGCCGCAGCGGCGCGGACAAAUUGGCUGGAAGCACAUCAUCUACGUGCUGUACCUCGUGAGCGGCUUGAUCUUUGUGCGUUCCGUCUUCCGCCUGGUCGAGUACGCGCAGGGCCACGAGGGAGCGCUGUUGUCCAACGAGGUGUUCCUCUACAUCUUUGACUCGGUGCUGAUGCUGGGCGUGAUGGUCGUCCUCUUGUUUUAUCACCCCACCAAGUUGUUGACUGGGCGCAAGGAUGACAUAGCAUUUGAGAGUCUUUGA